AUGUCGUCCAACAACAAGGACAAGACAGCCAACCCAGAUGGCGGCGACGUCAUCCGGACUCACACCGACUUGGAAGAUGGCAGCAUCGAGAAGCUCAAGCACGGCGAAGUCGACCCUGCCCUCGCCUUCGUCAAUGGCGAACAGGUCCAAUUUACCCCUGAAGAGGAGGCCGCUGUCCUUCGAAAGAUCGACUGGGCCUUGAUGCCCCUACUCUGCUGGAUCUACGCGUUGCAGUUCGCCGACAAGACAUCCCUCAACUAUGCCUCGCUGAUGGGCAUCCGCGAGGACACCGGCCUAGACCCCCACAGCCAGCAGUACAGCUGGGCAUCGAGCAUUUUCUAUGCCGGUUACAUUCUCUGGGAAUUCCCAACAACCUACCUCCUCCGAGCCCUGCCUCUCGGCAAGUACACCUCUGCCAACAUCACCCUCUGGGGCCUCGUCCUCGUCUGCCACAUCUUCGCCUUCAACUACGCCGGCCUCCUCUCCGUCCGCUUCUUCCUCGGCGCCCUCGAAGCAACCGUCACCCCGGCCUUCGUCAUCCUCACCUCGGCCUGGUACAAGCAGAACGAGCAGGCCAAGCGCAUGGGCUACUGGCUCUCCUGCAACGGCGUCGCCCUACUGACCCUCGGCCCCGUCGCCUACGGCCUCUCCGGGGCCCACAACACCGUCCUCGCGACCUGGAAGGUCCUCUACCUCGUCCUCGGCCUCCCCACCGUCAUCACCGGCGUCUACUGCUGGUGGUUCAUGCCCGACAACCAGACCAACGCCCGCUUCCUCACCCACCGCGAAAAGGCAAUCUCCAUCGAGCGCAUCCGCGGCAACUUCCAGGGCAUCGGCAGCCGCAAGUGGAAGUGGGACCAGUUCUUCGAGGCCUUCCGCGACCCCCGCACGUACCUCUAUGUGCUCUUCUCGCUGCUCAUGAACAUCCCCAACGGCGGCAUCACCGCCUUCGGCUCCAUCAUCAUCAACUCUUUCGGCUUCAACUCACGCCUGUCCCUGCUGCUGAACAUGCCCACCGGCGUCGUCGACAUCACCUGCAAACUCCUCUUCACCUACCUCUCCGACCGCCUCCUCGACCGCACCCUCUUCGCCUUCAUAGCCAUCCUGAUCCCCAUGGUCGGCGGCAUCCUCAUGAUCGCCCUCCCGCUAACGAACCAAGCCGGCCUGCUCGUGGGGUACUACUCCAUCGGCGCGGCCGGCGCGAGCUGGUGCCUGAUCAUGGUCAUGAUCUCCAACAACACGCUGGGCUACACCAAGAAGGCCACCGUCAACGGCCUGCAGAUCCUGGCCUACGGCGCCGGCAACUGGAUCGGCCCGCAGACCUUCCGCUCCAACGAGGCGCCCAACUACAAGAACGGCAAGCUGAUGGUCGCCAUCAUGUACGGUCUCGCGGCGUGCACUAUCGUCGCGAUCCGGCUCGUCAACAUCUGGGAGAACAAGCGGCGCGAUAAGAAGGCGGCUGAGCAGCCCGAGACCGUCGCGACGGGGACCGAGUUCUUGGAUUUGACGGACUUUGAGCAGCCUAGCUUCCGGUAUGUGCUUUAG